AUGAACACUGAGGCUGGGGAUGGGGCAAUGAGGGGUGAGGAUACACAAAUGGAAGGCAAAACAAAGGUGCUAUCAGAAAAAAAUGAGCCACUCGCUUCUCCAGCUCAGCAUAUGGAAGACUAUAACUUGAGUAACAUGUAUGUUCAUACCGAGCACUCCUUUUUCCAAAAAAAACUUAACUCUGAGGAUGUUAACGCGCGAGUCAAAGUUGACUUAAACGACAUCGUGGUUCAUCAGAACACAUGUUCUACACCAGAUUCUUCAACCCUUUCUACACAGCAUUCGACGGCCUCUUCUUGCAUGCCACUCCACCAACGCCACGCUACUGUUCUACAGGUCCCACAGAAAAAAAAACAAAAAGUCUUUAGUUCUGUGUACAUGGCCUUCUCAAUCAUUUUGGUUUUGACUAUUCCAGUUCUAUUUAUGGAUGUCGAAGGGUGGUGGCGGGCUACGCCUCAGAUGCAAUCUUCCACAUCAAUGAACCAAACGUACCUAUAUGAUGAGAAACAUACUUUUAUGGAUUCACUUUUUCCGCCACCAGCGCCACAGUCCUUUACCGCGGCUCCCAUCCCCUCUUCCGAAGUCCGAAUAGCUCACAGCGGUUUGUCAGCUCGACUCGAGGACGCGAAUGCGAUAUAUCGUCCAUGGCUGGGAAUGAAUGCCACUUCCUCAUCCCCCAGGUGGUACUGCUUUACACUGGAGGAAUACAGCACGCACUUCGUGGCCUCGGGUCCACCCCAUCAAGAUGACCGGUUUUUCUUUCGCUGCGGCACCCGUGUAGUGGACAUUCGAACGGAAACCCGCCCUGAGGUUCUUUCGGCUUGCCAGGAGAGAACCUUCAAUACCUACCCCAAACUCACCAUCGAAGGGACCUCCUGUCAAGGGCGAACCCAUAGAACCCAAAGCAACUGCGGCCUUGCCGCGAGGUCUUCUUUUUUUGAAUUGCGCGUGGUUCUUGUCGGAGAGGAGCUGAAUUGGCACCUUCGGAACCGUUUAAACGCGGUUGCGCAGGAUAUUCCCCUUCAACACUUCAACGACGACUACUGCGAUUGUUUUGACGGAACUGACGAGCUGCUGACGAACGCGUGCUCGAUGGCCGGGGCCGGGAUGCCUCUCGCGGGGGAUCGUUGGAGGUCGUAUCUCAUCUCCAACCGGCGCACUAGACUAUAUCAAACGCAAUUGGAGGAUCGCGUGCGGGAGGAGCUAAAAGCGGACCCCGACGUUGAUCAAAAAAGCCUGCCAGUCCUUGUGGAAGGUCGCGUGCUUGCCUUGCGUUCGAUAGAGUUGGGCGGUCCAGUAUUGCCGAUUCGAUGUCAUUCAGAUCCGACGAUUCUGCUGUCGCCGUCUUUUGUGGGAGAUGGCAUUGUUGACUGCUGCGAUGGCAGUGAUGAGGGGCUAACAAUUGAUAACGGAAAGGAUAGAAACACGCUCUUCCAUAAAGCGGAGAUUGAUCCCGUUGAGGCAGAGUGGACCUCUCGCCGAGAACGCAUGGCGGCCUACCUGUCCACCCACUUCUCAGAGGGCACGGGCGGGCAAAAUAACGGUAAUAACCCCCCCCUUCCCCCGCAAGGGCAGCAGCAAUCCCCUCAGCAGGUGGUUGGAGGUGAAGAAGACGAACUGAAUGGGGAUGAGAAGCCCUUUGAAGGUCCACGCUCUUUGUACUGGGAUAGGCUCCACCCCUACUACAUCUCCGCCGCGGCGGUGCUUGUUGAUAAAGGAUAUUCCUCGCUUUUUACUUGCCCAGAUUUGAACCGACUGCGUUUGGCAAACGCCGAGUUUGUGCUUGAUUUUGUUAAGAAAGGUCACCGCGUUCGGAAGGCGCGCGUGGUGGAGGGCUGGGAUGCGCUAGGGCGUUUUUUAGUGGGGAAUCGUAGCAUUAUUAUGGAGCGCCUCAACCACACAACGAAUGAAAUACACGAAUUAAGGCACUACAUAAAGAAUCAGAUGAUAGCUAAGCGCGCCUCAAAUCCGAUCGCAGCCGGCGUGCCUGAGGAACACCUCGAACGCUAUUACAUGCUGGAGGAUCAAUUGAAAUAUAUCCAACAGGACUAUCGAUACUUGGAUACGGUUCUAACGCAGAAGGUGUUUGGAAAAUACUACGAGUAUUUUCCGUUGUAUGAUAAACAACUGAAGAUCAGCGCGAACGAGGUAGCGCGAAGUGAUCGUUCGACCUCUCCAGUAGAACGGCAUGAAGAGGCCUUGCGGCGCGUAUGGGCGGAGGAGAUAUACAAUCCCAAAACCCCCAUUGAAAGUCGCCGUUCUCUUCAUAUUGACAAUGUUUCCUUUGUUGAAUUCGCGCUAUCAUCAACUCGUCAUUUGCUCGCUGCUCAGUCGAUGGGCCUGAAAGGUGAAGGAAAGUUUACAGCAGAGGUUCACAACGUAUGCUCUCCGAAUGAAAAAGAGGAUCCAAAGGAUAAACCGAAUCCACCCCUUCCCGGUGCGUUUCCGACGCAUCUUUUUUUCAUCCUAGGCCAUUGGCACCCUUUUUCUGCCAAAGGCGUUGGGGCCAAAAUGGGUUUAGGGGAUUUGGCGGGGGAUGUGGACCUCCCCCGUCGAGCCCUGGUGCGGCCUUUUUCCGAAUUAAACCGCGGCGGUGGGCGGCUGCAGUGGCCAACACGCACCACUGGUAAGGCGCAUUUUAUUGAGAUCCCAAAGGCGGACGAAGAAAGCGGCAAACAGCGUAUUCUCUCCGCGGCAAAGGGGAAUAUACCGAAGGAGAUUGUGAUUCCUGUCUUACAGCAUACUAAUGCACCCGACCGUGUGGCGGUGCAAGUCUAUGAAGGCGGCGACCUGCGGUGCGAGGUCGAUCCCCCUUUGAACAUGAAGUGGAACCCUGAAGAUGAUGAAGCGCGGGAUCCGAAUACCGGUGUCGGCAAAGGACGAAAACAAGCUAAUAAUCCACCCUACCAAUAUCAAUCUGCUCUUGUUUCGUUUGUAUGCCACACGAGCGAUGAAGUAUUGCUAUGGGCCUUCAAUGGGAAGUGCCAGCAAGAGAUUAUAGUCGGAACGCCAAGCGCAUGCACCCAAUGGGUGCUGAAUGAGGCUGAAAGGAAAGUCCGCUUAUUUAAAGAAGUCACCCAACAAUACGAACCUGGGAACAUGUCACGUGGGAAUCCUUCCGUUUCUUCCAUCUCUUAA